GGUGUAUACAUAUAUAUACAUAUAUGAUGUAUAGAAGAGUGGAUAAUACUCUAGUGGUAUAUUUCUGUAUGCCUUUGUAUAUGGACACAGUUGAACGCGUGAUGGCGCGUGGGUGUGGAGUAGUUGAUGCGUUAUUAUAAUUUUCCACCUAAAAAUUAGUGAAUUUAUCUAUGAAAACUUGUAUUAAACUCGAAGAGUGAAGUAGCUUAACUAAGUAUACUAUUAAUAUAACAAUAUAUUAAACAAUAUAAAUACUACUACAUUGUCGGGAUUGAAGUUUUUUUUGUCACCCAAGGGAUGAUAGCAUAAGGAUACUGUUGAGCGUCACCUGUGUCACUCAGAUGUAUACAGUUAGACGAGACAUUCGAGAGAAGGAUUAUUGUUGUAAAGUUUAAGAGACAAUACAUAACAACUAACUUAAAUAUCCGGCCUCGGAGACAACAGCUACUAUGGAAAAAAAAGGUAUAAGCCACAUCAGCUGUUUCGAUUUAUCAUCAAUUCAUUAACAACAACAUAAAUAAGCUAAAUAUAUUAGUGUCAGUUCCUGUUUAAAGAGAAAGAGAGUAAUUAUUAAAAAUUACGUGUAACAAGUUGACUCAUAAACCCUCAUAAAAAAAAGGGGCGCACGAUUACUGCGCGUCCGAUCAUUGUACUUGUCGACGUAGCAGUAUAAACUGGAUUAUUAUUCUUUUUAUUUAUUUUUUACUUACUCUGUUUUUCAACAUUUAUUUAUUUGCAUUUUAUCAACUUAAUACUUCAACAAGUGAAUUACUUAUGGGUUUAUUGUUGUGUCAAUUUAUAAGUAAUUGUCAGUGGAUUUUUCGAGCAGAAAAAAUAAAAAUUUUUUUUUGUUGAGAACAAUUAUUUUAUUAGUAAUUAAAUGCACGUGUGAGUUGAUACUCGAAGUAACAGCAACAGCAAGUGGAGGUCACUGAUAAAGAAAGUUUACUGUGGGUGUUAAUUUUGUUUUAUUAUCCUUUUACUUAUUAAUAUUUUAUAUUAAUUGGUACAUGCCAAGUGAUUUCUUUUUACCUUACCACGCCAUUUAAUUAUUGGGGAAAUUUCUACAACUAAUUAUUGAGUUGGUCAAUUUCAAUAAAUUGUCUACGAUUAAUUGCUUUGAGUGGUAUAAAAUCAGGUGUACGUGACUAAAUUUGUUCGGGUAAAUAAUGAGCUGAGAAUAAAUUACAUAAGAAGAAGAGAUAGUAGGAACUAUUGAUGAUAUAAAUGAUGAGUAUGAUGUCCCUGAUGGUGAUAGAAAUGGAGAAUGAAACAAAUUGUUGAUUACAGUAUGGCUACUGUCGACGUGAGGUAUCAGUAUCACGUGGUGGACAGUAGUAAUAGGAGAAUAUCAAUUACAAUUACGGAGCAAGGAUUAAAAGUUUGACAAGAAUAACACUUUUAGGAAGUGUGGAUAUCAUUUGAAGGUGUUGUUGGUAAGGUUUGAAAGCAGUAGAGUAGACCAGUACAGUAGGAAGUGAGCUGAAUGAAAUACGAAUAAGUCAUCAAACUUAGCCGGCUAAGUGCCAACAACCUACGACGAGCUAGACAGCUCAUAAUGUGUUUGCCCUCGUGCACGAUAGAUUAUAAAAUUAGACGUGCUAAACCACGCUCAACAAGAGUUAGAAGAAUACAGCGGACAAAAGAAAAGAUUGAUAGUGAAGACGAAGCUAAUCUAUUCUCAAUCAUACGAGAAUUAUACCGGUGAGGAUUAUUCUAAACAUUUAUUAUUAUAUAUAAAUAGUAAAUAAUAUCAAUAGUCGAUGUUAAGUGAUGUUUAAAUAAUUUGAGUAAUUUUUACUCUCUAGUCUUUCGCAUUUACACAUUAAACAAAAAAAGAUAAUGUCUCACAUUUAGCUCAAGAAAAAAAUAAUAAAAUAAAAUAGUAAACAUCACUCUUUUGUGAUCUCAUGGCAUGACAUUAAAGGUUUAUACAAUCAUGACGCAAUAAAGUUAAAUUGAUUAAAUGAAAAAGUAAAUCUUGAUGGAAAAAAGAUCAACGGAAUUAUUGAGUGAUAAAAAUGAAUAAAAAUUAAACCAGAACAAAAAUAUGAAUCUAAAUAUUAAGAAGGUGCAUUUAAAUGACUGAGCCUUCUUACUGAAGAAGACUAAACAUUAAAUAAUAAUUGUGCAAGUACAAAUGUCUAGCUUAACAUUAUCAGCUAGAACAAUCGAGAUGCCCUUGUCACUACCGACUCCGUUCGUGCCUAUGAACGCAAUCUCAUCACAAACAUACAUAGGAACUAAUGAAAAUAAUCAUCUGCCGCCGUUAAAACCGGGUAAUUAUGCACCCAAACAAGGUGAAUCACCACCAAGUCAUCUCACUCACUCGAGCCACAGUGGUAGCACUCAUUUACCUAGUUUAGGAUCCAGUGCUAAUAACAGCUUACAGAAUUUAACUAGUAAUUCGGACAGCCUCAAUUUGAGCCUUAGUUCUCAUGUCAGUCACAACACCCACAACACAAGUCACAAUAGCCAUUCACAGCAAUCAAAUAGCAGUCAGUCAAACAGUCCGAUGAUAAAAAACGGGCGUUCUGAAAGUAAUUCCAACAAGACUAUACCGAAAAUGGCAGUCUCACCAGAGAUUGUGGUGAAGCUUUAUUUGAAUAAAUUAACGUCGUAUGAACAGAAUGAAAUAUUUGCCUAUCCGCAGAUUUAUUUUAUCGGGGCUAAUGCUAAAAAACGUCCAGCAAUAUUGGGUUUACCCAACAAUCAUAAUUAUGACAAUGAACAAGGUUCAUAUAUUCAUACGCCGCAUGAUCAUGUGGCUUACAGGUAUGAAGUCCUUAAAGUUAUUGGUAAAGGAUCAUUUGGUCAAGUUGUAAAGGCUUAUGAUCACAAAAAUCAUGAGCACGUGGCUCUUAAAAUGGUGAGAAAUGAAAGGCGAUUUCAUCGACAGGCACAGGAGGAAAUACGUAUUCUUGCUAAUUUGAGAAAACAAGAUAAGGACAAUACUAUGAACAUUAUUCAUAUGUUCGAUUCAUUUACAUUUAGAAAUCAUAUGUGUAUAACAUUUGAGCUCCUUAGUAUAAAUCUUUACGAACUUAUUAAAAAAAAUAAAUUUCAAGGAUUUAGCUUGCAACUAGUUAGAAAAUUUUCGCACUCACUGCUUCAAUGUUUGGAUGCCCUAUACAAAAAUAAAAUAAUUCACUGUGACAUGAAGCCAGAGAAUGUAUUGUUGAAACAACAGGGUCGAAGUGGUAUUAAGGUGAUCGAUUUUGGUUCAAGUUGCUAUGAGGACCAACGAGUGUAUACAUACAUUCAAAGUAGAUUUUAUCGAGCGCCAGAGGUAAUUCUUGGCGCUAAAUAUGGAAUGCCAAUAGAUAUGUGGAGUUUAGGAUGUAUUCUUGCGGAAUUAUUAACGGGUUUUCCUUUGCUGCCUGGUGAGGAUGAAGCUGACCAAUUGGCGUGUAUCAUUGAGCUUCUGGGAAUGCCACCAAGAAGAUUGUUAGACAAUGCCAAGCGUUCUCGCCAAUUUUUUAGCUCUAAAGGCUAUCCGAGAUAUUGCAAAGCAACGACCACUACUCACGGUACGACAUUGUUACACGGAGGAGUUUCGCGACGUGGUAAAAUUCGUGGCCCACCAGGAUCGAAGGAUCUAAAAGAGGCGCUCAAAAACUGUGAGGACCCACUGUUUUUGGAUUUUAUACGGAAGUGUUUGCAGUGGGAUCCGGAACAGCGAAUGACACCCAGCAAGGCACUUCGACACGCAUGGCUAAGAAGAAGAUUGCCGCGACCACCCGAUGAGAAGGUUGAUGUUGUUACUGGGCACUCGGUACAGCCAACGACAGCCGCAGUAACGACAUCCGGUAGCCGUAGUUCUAGUAAAACAGCCCAUGGCUCAGCUGGACUAUCCAGCAAGUUACGUGAGCUGAAUGACCAGAGAUCCUCGACAAUUCAAUCACGACACCCUCAGCAGCCUUCAUUGAGCCAUCCAGUAGUGUCCUCAGUCAGUGGUGGUCACUCAAUAUCAGUAUCCAAUCAUCCUUCAUUAACGCAAUCAAACCAUCAGUCUCUAAACGCAGUUUCAGCGCACAAGCAUCAACAAUUGCACUCACACAACGGCUCUUCGCACGACAGCCACAGUUCACAUGGAUCUUCUGGGUCAAGUAGAUACGUGGUUAGUAAAGAGAUAACAUUGGUAGAUCCUUGGCGGUAAAUUAAGACUGCGAGUGUGUGUAUGCGUGUUUAUGUAAAUGUACAUGUGGAUAUUAUGAGAAAAAAUUAGCUAUAGAGUUAUAUAUAUAUUAUAUAUAUAUAUUGUUGUUAUAUCCAGCAUAAAAUUAUAAUUACAAUGGUAAUGGUAAUAAUACGUUUCGAUUAUUGGGAAUAGAUCUCAAGUGCCGUUAGAUCAUAAAUCUAUGCACAAGCUUUCGGUAUUGAUAUCGAAGUCAUACGGUUAUGGUCAGGAAAUUCUGCAAAGCCCAUUGUUUGGAGAUAUAAAUUAUUAUUAUUAUUAUUCUUGGUUGUCUUCUAGGCACUAGACGUUAAUCAAGUGCCAUUCACUAAUGAAUGGAGCAAGCUUUAUAA